GCGCGGCAGGUCGCGUCCAUGGCUCUCGGCGAGCCUUACGCUUUGUUCGGUGCGUCCAGGACAUUCCGGUGGAGUCUGCCAGCUUGGGGGUAAAAACUUUUAUGGCUCUCUGACAAGGCAUGUCGUACGGUAGAGGGGAGUUAUAGCGAGCGAGCUCUAAUUGAUAUAUAGAGAAAGCCGAGAGAGUGCGCUGUAUUCCAGGAAGUUUCUGGCAACCAGAUGCUCUGAGAAACACCUUUCAUCUUUCCAGAGCUUCAAACCUAGACAGAAUACAGCCGGUUGCUUUGGCUCUCACCAGACCAGAAGCCUCAGUUCGCUUGGGUCUUCCAUGGAUGGUGUUACUACCCACCGAGCGUUCAUCGCUCUGGGGAGCAAUGUCGGCGAACGGAUUGAGAUGAUUGAGCAAGCUUGUCUUGAGAUGGAGCGGGCCAGUAUCAAGGUCAAGCGAACAAGCUCGCUCUUUGAGACUGCCCCGAUGUAUGUUUUGGACCAAGACCCGUUCAUGAACGGAGUCUGUGAGGUGGAAACCAGUCUUUCACCCAUGGAACUUUUAAACACGCUUCAAUCAAUCGAGAAGGAACUUGGUCGGAAAAAGCUCAUCGACAAAGGCCCCCGUUCGAUUGAUCUAGAUAUACUCCUCUACGACCAAGAGGUCUUCGAGCAUGAACGGCUCAGCAUUCCCCACAAAUUGAUGCUCGAGCGAGACUUCGUCCUGCGUCCUCUAUGCCAACUCAUUCCUCACGAGCGAUCUCCCCUCCAGGGAAAGAACCUCACGUACCUUUCUUAUCUCAAUUCACUUCCUCCGCCAGAGUCCAAACCGAUUGCCACGACGCAUAUCUCACCCUCCUUCCCUCCCCUGCACUCCAACGACCCGAAACGCAGCACUCACAUUAUGGCUAUUCUCAAUCUAACUCCCGAUUCCUUCUCGGACGGCGGCGUGCAUUCUCCAAACGACUACACCGCUCUAACCACUACUGUCCGCCGCUUCAUUGACUCCGGGGCAACCAUCAUCGACAUUGGCGGCGAGAGCACCCGCCCCGGAUCCGCCCCGGUCACCGAAGCUGAAGAGCUCGCUCGCGUGAUCCCAGCCAUCCGCCACAUCCGCACCGCGAUCCCCGAGGCCGACCAUAUCGCCAUCAGCAUCGACACGUACCGCGCCCGGGUCGCCGAGGAAGCCUGCGCCGCCGGCGCGGACAUCAUCAACGACGUCUCCGCCGGCCUGCUCGAUCCGGACAUGCUCGCAGUCAUGGCCCGCACCGGCAAAACCGUCAUCCUGAUGCACAUGCGCGGGAACCCAUCCAACAUGACAAAACUAACCGAGUACCCGGAUGGCGUUGUUCCCGGCGUCGCGGCCGAAUUGCUCGAGCGCGUCCGUGCCGCCGAGGCAGCGGGCGUCCGUCGCUGGCGCAUCAUUCUUGACCCGGGUCUCGGGUUCGCCAAAUCCCAACCGCACGAUCUCGCCCUGCUCCGCGAUCUCCCCGCCCUUCGCACAGAGUACCCCGGUCUCGACUACUUUCCUUGGCUCAUGGGCCCCAGUCGCAAGCGGUUCAUCGGCCGGAUCACGGGCGUCGACAAGGCCAGUGAUCGCGUCUUCGGAACUGCCGCCGCCGUCACGGCCAGCGUGGUCGGCGGGGCGGACAUUGUGCGUGUCCACGAUGUGCACGAGAUGUGGCAAGCUGCUAGGGUGGCGGAUGCUAUCUACCGUGUGUAAAUUUGUGAGGCAGGCCUUGUUUAGAUUCGAGCCAAAUCAAGACAUAAUACAAUCAGAAUCCGGU